AUGAAGAACAUGGCAGCAGGAAACCAUUGCAUAGUAACUGAGUUCUUCUUAGCUGGACUCUCAGAGAAACCAGAACUCCAGAUGCCCCUCUUUUUCCUCUUCAUUGGAAUCUAUGUGGUCACUGUAGUAGGAAAUCUGGGUAUGAUCACACUGAUUGUGCUCACUUCCCACCUGCACAACCCCAUGUACUAUUUCCUCAGCAGUCUGUCCUUCAUUGACUUCUGUCAGUCCACAGUUGUCAUCCCGAAAAUGCUGGUGAGCUUUGUGACAGAGACGAACCUCAUCUCCUACUGUGGAUGCAUGACUCAGCUCUAUUUCUUUAUCAUAUUUGGCAUAGCGGAGAGUUACACAUUAGCUGUAAUGGCAUAUGACCGCUAUGUUGCCAUAUGUAAACCCCUGCUAUACAAUGUAACCAUGUCCUAUCAGAUUUAUAGUUCCCUGAUUUCAGGAGUGUACAUUUUUAGUGUGUUCAAUGCAUCAGUUCACACGGGCUUCAUGAUAAGGAUUCAGUUCUGUAAGUUAGAUGUCAUCAACCACUAUUUCUGUGAUCUUCUUCCCCUCUUGGAGCUUGCAUGCUCUAAUACCUAUAUUAAUGAAUUUUUGAUUCUAAUAUUUAGUACAGUGAACAUCUUUGUCCCAACUCUCACCAUUAUUUCUUCCUACAUCUCCAUCAUUGCCAGCAUCCUCAGGAUUAAAUCCACAGAAGGCAGGUCCAAAGCCUUCAGCACCUGCAGUUCCCACAUCUCUGCUGUUGCUGUCUUCUUUGGUUCAGUUGCAUUCAUGUACUUACAGCCAUCAUCAGUGAGAUCAAUGGACCAAGGGAAAGUGUCAUCUGUGUUUUAUACUACUGUUGUUCCCAUGCUGAACCCAUUGAUCUACAGCCUGAGAAAUAAGGAUGUCAAUAUUGCCUUGAAGAAAAUACUUCAAAGAAAAAAAUUCAUGUUUCAGAAGUAA